AUGAGCACCGAGAACCCCACCAUGGAUGGCGGGGCUGCAGUGAUGAGCGAUCAGAACCGGGGCGGGCGCGGAGGUCGCGGUAGGGAAGCGCGGGGUGGUAGAGGUGCAAGAGGUGGAGGAGGUCAUGCAGAGGGUUCACACCAGGGAAUGCCCAACGAGCGCGGCAUACAGACGUAUGGCGAUUCAAAUGGGGAUGGCCUGACUAGAGGGAGGGGACGAGGUCGAGGUCGGGGAGGUGGUGCAGGGCGAGGACGUGGAAAUCGAGACCGUGCUGGAAGUCAUAGUCAGCUGGCAGCAGCUGGUAGCCACCCAGAUCGGACGACAGUAUUGCCGCCACCGCAACCUGGAGGAGAGGGCGUCUCUGGUGCUCGCCUGACCAGAGACGCCGCCGGGAUCCAAGGCGAGAGUGGUGGUGUGGAUGGCGGCCAGGAUGGUGACGAUGUGGAGGCCGAGGUGUGCUUCAUCUGCGCAUCUCCCGUCUCUCACAACAGCGUUGCGCCCUGUAACCACCGCACCUGCCACAUUUGUGCCCUCAGACUGCGUGCCUUGUACAAGACGAAAGCUUGUGCACACUGCAGAGCUGARGCUGCAAAUGUCAUCUUCACCGACGAUGCGGAGAAGCGAUACGAAGACUUCAAACCCUCAGACUUUGACCAGCAAGACAAGAACUUGGGUAUCAGCUAUGAGAAGCCAGAGAUUUUCGAGGAUACAGUCCUGCUGCUCCGCUACAACUGUCCAGACCAGGACUGUGAUGUGGCAUGCUUGGGCUGGCCCGACUUGCAUAGACACGUGCGGUCCCUUCACCAGAAGGUCAUGUGUGAUUUGUGCACACGGAAUAAGAAAGUAUUCACCCACGAGCACGAACUGUUCACGCAGCAAGAGUUGAAGAAGCACGAAAAGUUCGGCGACGAUAAUCCAGGCGCCAUUGACCAGAGUGGAUUCAAGGGCCAUCCGGAGUGCGGCUUUUGUCGUAAGCGCUUCUACGGGGACGAUGAGCUCUUUGUGCAUUGCAGAGAGCGUCACGAACGCUGUCAUCUUUGCGAUCGCCGUACUGGCGGCCAGACUCCAGCCUACUUUGUGGACUACAAAGCUCUUGAGCAGCAUUUCACACGAGAUCAUUUCCCAUGCCUAGAUCAAGAAUGCCAGGAGAAGAAAUUCGUCGUGUUCGACUCGCAGAUGGACUUGAAAGCCCAUCAGCUAGAGAGCCAUCCCAACGGAAUGUCCAAAGAUGUAAGACGCGACGCGAGGAGGGUCGACCUGAGCAAUUUCGAUUACCGACCACAGUACGAGGAGCCGCAGCGAGGUGGUGGUAGAGGUGGCCGCCGUGCAGGAAGAGGUCGGGACCCAAACGCAGAGCACACGCCUGCUGUAUCUUCAGGUCAUCUUACCCGUGCUGAGGCUGCAUACCAACGCGAACGCGAAAUUCACAGCGCACAGUCUGUGUCCUCACGCUCUUUUGGUGGCCAACUAAGCGCGGCUCCGGCUGUUCAGAACGUUGCUCGGCCUGCAAAUGCUCAACGUGCAAACAAUUUUGAAGCGCCCCCACCAGCGACUGGUAGUGCCCAGGCGUCGGCCGCGACAUCUCCUCGCAUACCGGCGGAAGCCGCAGCAUUGACACCUCAAGAGCAAGCUCGCCGUGUUCGUCAUGCAGCAGUUACGGAGCGUGCUUCAACACUGCUUCGCAACGAUGCUGGCAAGAUGAACGAAUUUCGCGAACGAGUGUCUGCUUUUCGAAAAGAUGCCGUUUCUGCGGGCGACUUGAUCGAUGCAUUCUUCGCGUUGUUUGAUACCAACUCCGAGGAACUGGGAAAGCUCGUCAAAGAGCUGGCGGAGAUUUUCGAAAUUCCUGCCAAGCGUGACAAUCUCCUUCGAGCUUGGGGCGAUUGGAAGGCCAUCAACGAAGACUACCCCACUCUCCCAGGUCAGGCAGCCGCAAGUGGAAGCUCGAGCGCUGCUGUACUAGGGCACGGCGUGGGGACGUCCAGAGUCCUCAAGCUGAAGAGUUCCACCGCGCAGAGCUCUCGCUCGACUGUCGGUAAGUCUGCCUCAUGGGGAACCGCUUCCGGCUCAGGGGCAGCGAGCUCGAGCAAUCCUUUCCCAUCUCUUCCAGCUCGCAAAGAUGGUGCAGCGCCCAGAGGUACAGUGUCUGGCUCUGGCUGGCUAGCAAUCCGACCUGCUGCCUCUUCUUCGUCGUCAUCACACGCUCCAUCACCUGCAACCAGCUCGCGGCCCUCACCAGCGCCCAGCCGGCAGCAGUCCUCCGUAAGCCUGGCGAAGAACGCUUUCCCAGCUCUACCAGCGGCCAAGAAGCCCACGUCUACCCUUUUCGCUCCUGGCUACACUGGUAGGGGUAUUAUUAGAAACAACACCCACAACCAAACUGCAGCGAAUGCAUGGGGAGGUUCCGCGUCCGAUGCUGCACCACCCGCUGUGGAGGAGAGCGCGCCAAGCAGAGGAAACAAGGGUAAGGGCAAGAAAGGACAAGUCCUGUUCCAAUGGGGUUGA